GCUAUUUAUCAAGUUUUUAAUUUCCCGUUGACGACAGCGCCGUCUGUGAUCAUCUCCUAGUUCUCAGUUUGUGGCGCUAUUUGAUCUUAAUUAUUGUUUGGAUGGCGGCCUAGCUACGUUGAUAAUGAGCAGUUCACUACACAAUUUCUGCAUAAUUUACUGAAACCAGGGUUGGAAGGCCCCUACAAGACAUGCCGCCGCCGGAUAAAAAAGGCAAGAACAAGCUUAUUUUGCAAACUAUCAUCGAUGAGAAUUCAGAGCCCGUACUUUCAGAUCCACUGUCCUCAGUAAAUGGGGAGGAAGAGCAAGAUGCAGGUGUUACGUACUUCGUGGAUGAAGAGGGCCGGUAUUAUUACCAGCCGGCGGGGGAUAACCAGAACUUGGUAUCCUUGCCAACAGCAGUUACCGAAGAGAAUGAGGGUAUAUCUAAAGACGAUCAGAUGUUAGUAGACGUCGAGAGCUACCAGACGGUGACCCUGGUACCAUCGGAGUCCAGCACUGGCGAAGUCAGCUACGUUCUAGUGGUCCAAGAAGAAAAUAAGCCAGUUGUCAAUAUUGACAUUAAAAUGGACCAGGAGGAGGAUAAGGGCAAUGAGGACGUGUACAACUUUGAGGACGAGGAGGAGGAUGGUGGCGACGAGCAGAGCGAGGAGGACGACGAGGUCAAGGUGAAGCCACCGCCAACCAAGCGCAAGUACCUACGGCCGCACUUCACUUGCAACUUUUGCUCGUAUACCAGUCACAGGCGGUAUCUGCUGCUGCGGCACAUGAAGUCCCACUCGGAGGAGCGACCGCACAAGUGCAACGUAUGCGAGCGCGGCUUCAAGACCGUCUCCUCCUUGCAGAACCAUGUGAACAUGCACAAUGGUGUCAAGCCCCACGUUUGCAAGUACUGCAACAGCCCGUUCACCACCUCAGGUGAAUUGGUGCGACAUGUCCGAUACAAGCACACGCACGAGAAACCGCACAAGUGUACUGAGUGCGACUACGCGUCAGUCGAGCUGUCUAAACUGCGCAGACACGUGCGCUGUCACACCGGAGAGCGGCCCUAUCAGUGUCCUCACUGUACCUACGCCUCGCCCGACACGUUCAAACUGAAGCGACAUCUGCGGACUCACACGGGCGAGAAACCGUACAAAUGCGACCACUGCAACAUGUGCUUUACGCAGUCCAACUCGCUCAAAGCACAUAAACUCAUACACAACGUGGCGGAGAAGCCAGUGUACGCGUGCGAGCUGUGCCCGGCGAAGUGCGGCCGCAAGACGGACCUGCGUAUCCACGUGCAGAAGCUGCACACGUCCGAUAAGCCGCUGAAGUGCAAGCGAUGCGGCAAGUCCUUCCCCGAUCGCUACUCGUGCAAGAUACAUAAUAAGACACACGAAGGCGAGAAAUGCUACAAGUGCGAGAUUUGCCCGUACGCGUCCUCCACGCUGCGACACCUAAAGUCCCACAUGCUGAAACACAUCGACGAGAAGCCAUUCAUUUGUGACCAAUGCGAUCAAGCAUUCAGACAGAAGCAACUGCUCCGGCGACACCAGAACCUGUACCACAACCCUGACUACGUGCCCAAACCGCCCAAAGAGAAGACCCACACGUGCCACGAGUGCAACAGGACGUUCGCGCACAAGGGCAACUUGAUUAGGCAUCUCGCCGUCCACGAUCCGGAGUCCGGCCACCAGGAGAGGGCGCUGGCGCUGAAACUCGGCCGCCAGAAGAAGGUCAAGUUCAUCAACGGUCAGGCCGCCAAGGAGAUAACGGCUGAGGUGGAGUCGGAAAAUGAACAGACGGACAUAGUGAAGCUUGGUCUGAACGACUUGGAGCGCGGCGAGGUGGUGACAGUGACCCACGGCGAUGGUCAGCAGUAUGUGGUGCUCGAAGUGAUACAGCUCGAGGAUGGAACCGAGCAGCAAGUGGCAGUGGUCGCGCCAGACUUCAUCGACGAGGAGCAUGUAGCUGAUGAAGAGGAAGAGGAGGAGGAGCUACCGGUGAAGGUCAUCAAGCAAGAGAAGAGUAAGCGGGAUACUGAUGUGGACAGGAGUAUCAAGUUGGAAAAGGACGUAGAUACAUGCUUCGGCUUUGAUGAGGAGGAAGAAGAGGAAGAGCAAUACAAUGAAAAGGUGGUGCUACAUCUAGUGUAAGCUGAGCCAGGUGGCAUCGAGCAGGAGGCGGUGGCAGGUGAUGCCCACACCGGCACGUGAUUGCAGGAUGAGCCCGCGGGUCGCGACGUGAAGUAAGCAUAGGGGAUAUAUCUAGCAUUAGGUUAAGUCUACCAAAUCACAUGGUUUUUUUAAUCAAUAUCUUAAACUUAAGCAAGCAUAAAAUGGUACAUUGAAAAUGUAUGAUUUGGUAGACUGCGUAAGAAACGUAAAGCCUGAGAACUACCUAAAUAGUGAUAACCAUAGACACUUUAUUUAUACCUGUUACUUUUUGUAACUGUGUACAAAGGUAAAUAAAUAAGUAUGAAACAAAGAAAGUGCAUUAUGAGUGGAUUUAAUUAAUAAGCAUAGACUGUGCGGGUAAGAAUGAGUAUUAUAUUGUUAAAUUAAAUGUUAAAACAAAUAUUUCCAGAUCGAAACGGGAAUCUGUGCGAUCGUAGGCUCUCAAUGUGACUGUUGACCCACCAGGUGGCGCUAGUCCCUUCUUAUAUUACUGUAUAUUGUAUAUUUUUGUUCCAUUUGUUCUUCUGUGACGGAUCUAGAGAUCUAUGUGGGCGUUAUCAAAUAUAUGUAUAAUUUGCAACCGCGUUGUGGAUAUUUUUUCUUCUAAAGCGCCCUGUGUUCCAGUGGAUUGUUGAGAAUCUACGAUGUAAACGAUUGAAACGUGGUUCUAUUAAUAAAACGAUUAAUGGGGUGUGUUCACCAUGUUUAUACUCAUGUUACGCUUACAAAACAUCACAUAUUAACACAACAUGGCAAUAAUAAAAACUAUUUAAACACUAACAUUAUUUAUUACUUAGAUUAAUAUUAAACUCUUGAAUUUAUUAAAAACCUCAACUUGGACCAUCCAUUGUUGUGGUUUUUCAUUGUAUUUAUUUGUAUUUUAAAUGUUGUCGGUCGGUGAGCGUAUUUGAGAUGUUUCAAAGUAGCCAAAGCACUAAAUACCGGUUUUUAACAUUGUUUUAUCGGCGAUACAGGACGCCUACGCUGAAAAAUCAAUUGGGUUACCAGCAUUUUAUGUUAAAAUAUAUAUAUUUUUUUUACACCUAGCAUAAUAAUAUUGAUAGAACUCGUAAGGUAUGUGGCGUGAAGAUAUAUAUAUUUUUAUAUUUAGUAUAUAUAUAUAUAUAUAUAUAUAUAUAUAUAUAUAUAUAUAUAUAUAUAUAUAUACAUAUGUAUAUAUUUAUAUAGGCUAACUUGCCCAAUUUGAAAUUUUAAAAAAUAAUGUUAGCUUAACACUACAGGGUGAAAUCAAUAUCGUUAGCAUAGUUUCAAGGAAAUUACUCGGGUCAGACAAAUUUAACGUAUUUUUCAACGUAACAAGGGUAACAGGUGUAAAAAUAAUAAAAAAUCUUGAGCGUCUAUACUAUGUUUAGAAGUACAUGUACAGCGUCCGCGUGAGCGCGUUUUAACAGUUAAAUUAGCGUAUUUCCGUAUAAAAUCUGUAUAGUUUAUUUUCCUUAAAAAUAUGGUAAUGAUAUCGUUUUCACCUUGUAUUAUAUAGAUAUACAUAUAUACGCAAAUGUCUUACACAAAGUGAUAAUGGAAAACCACAAAGCAAUGUUUUAUAAAAAAAAAAAAAUUGUUUUUCUUUAUAAAAUAAUAAAAAGUUAUAGCUAAAUCUCGAAAUUGCGCACGGGUUCUUCACAGAGAAAGCGGGCUCAGCAAUCGCGUAGCUUCUAUCUUAGAUAUUGUAAAAUACUUUAAUAUUAAUAAUCAUUAGACAUGGCUAUGCGUACAGCACCAUUUGUACAGAGUUUGUUGAUGUUAUAUUUGUUUUAAUGAAACGUAGGCUAGGACUUGAGUGCGGCGAGUACUGUUAAUAUUAAACUGCAUAAUAAAUUACAUCACACAACAAGAUAAUAUACGUAGCCUUGCUUUUCACGUUCACUGCAGCUUCAUUUAUUUGCAGUGAAUCAUUUGUUUUAUGUUCUAUUUAGUAUAGUGUUAGGAUUAGUAUAGCAAAACGUUGAUCGAAAUGUACAGAAUACUUUGAAAAAAUAUAUAUGUAUAUAUAUAAUGAAAAUUUACUUAACUGUUUCGAUGAUUAGCCAACUUGAUGAUUUUAUGAUACCAUAAUAUUAUUUCUAAUAUGAAACUCCAUUGUACCACUAUUUAGUCAACAUCUAAUAAGACAGAUCUCAGUGAAUAUCUAAAAAAAAAUAUUACCUUUAAAAUCUAGAUCUAGACUGAAGAAUAAUCAGACAGAAUUCAAUUCUGUCUGUCUAAAUUUCCCUUUAUCUCUUAAUUUAUGAUUUUUUUUAAACAUGUGGAAUUGGAAUGAAUUAACUGCCUAUAAAAUGGUUUACUGAGCAACUAGUAAAUAGUUUUUUGUGAGUUAUACAUUUCAAUUGAUUUGUACAUCUCUCUUGUACUGUAAUAAACAUGUUAAUUAAUUGUCCAUGCGCUAAACACGAGGCCAUAGACAAUUCAGUGAGAUAAAUUUUAAGUUGGUUUCUGCCAAUAAUUUUAACUUUUUAAAUGUAUCCAAUAAUAAUGGACUUUAUUCUAAAGUGUAUUUCACAUCAAGUUUUGUUAAUUUCUAACUGUUUACAUAGGACGUUAUUUUAAAUAUAUAUGUGGUCUACCUGCUAUAGGUACAUAUGUUUUAUAUAUGUAAAUGUGUGUGUGUAUAUAUAUGAAGAACAUAUAGCGGCCUUUCCUAACUACAUAAUUAUGUUAGAACUACAUGUUUUAUUAUAAAUAAGAUUAUCUGUAUAUAAUAUGUUACUAAAAAACAUUCGAAGUACUUUUUAAAUAAAAAAAUAUAGCAAGCUUUUUUUUUUAAUAUUUACCAUACUAAACUCUUUUAAACUAUUUAAUAACAUUUUAAAGAUGGGAAAUAUUUUUAAAAUUUUGCCCUAUCAUUUAAUUUACUACGCUUUAAUUUCCAUUUAAAUGUAAUAAGAUUACAUACAUUUGCAUUGGACUUUAUAAUCUCAUAUUACAAAUAUUAACAAAACUUAAUAAAGUGUAAUUUAUUAUUAAAUAAAAUCCUUUGACAUAUUCCCAUUUCAUUUUAAAAAAUAUUUUGUUGAAAUGCUAUAAAUAACAUUCAACCGACUUUAACAAUGAAGGCUUUUUAUUUAUAUAUUUAUUUAUUUAUUAUUAGGGAAUACUUAAUUGGGUUGUAUUUUUUUUUAUAUUAUGCUUGUUACCUUAUACCUCAGUUUUACACAAUGGCCCCGUAGAGUUUUAUCAAAGUUAGUACAGUGAUUUAGUUUUUAAAUUAAAACAACUGAUUUUGUCGCAAUUGAAGUAGGUUUCUUUUUUUUUUUGGGACACAAUCUUUAAUUAUGCAAUGUUAGAAAGCUCAAUGCCCCCUUGUAUUAAAUGCCUUUACCCAUCGGUUUACGCUUAAACUACACAGACUAAUUGUUUGUUGAUGUACAUGGCGUCCAUGGGGUCGCAAGCCGAGUUCUUACAGUAGAUUGAUGUCGGAUACACAAAGUCGCAGAUCACGUAACACACGGGACUCGAAACGUUCUUAUUUCUAAACGUCAAAAUAACAAAAGGUCUAUAUCUCGAUAUCUAAAUGUUUUAGAAUGUGCCUGUCUUAUAAAAUACACUUUUUUUUAUACGGUAUAUUUUUUAAUACACAAUUUUUUUUAUAUAUUUGACUAGUUUAAGUUAGAUUACGUUUCUAUUUAUUAAUUUAGUGAAAUUAUUUAUUGUGUUACCUACCACCUAGAACGAUACUACAUACUACUGUUUUAUACUAGUAGGUACUUAAAUCAACAAUUCGCAAUGUCUUAUAUUUGCGUACGGGGUCAGCAAUCAUUGGGAUCUUUUGUGCUUUUCCCAGCCUUUUACUAUAACUUUAUAAAUCCCCUAUGUGUUACCUCCACGAUAUCCCACGGUAUAAGAUAUCUAUAGUCCCCUGGCUCUGGAUAAGGCCUUGUCAUUUAAGAACUUUUUAAACGCCUGAGAUCUCCCAAUUUGCUACAUUCCUUCUGCAGUUUUAGUUUCGCAUAUUUCUCAAAGGCAUAGUUAACGACAUUGGAUGCAUCUGCAACGUAUGGUUUAGCACUUAUAUUUUUUUUAUUUUGAUCUUCUCGGCAACUCUUCGACAAAAAUUGGCGUUUUCCUUGUCUUUAAUCCCUAUAUGUCUAGGAACCCAUACCAAACUAAAAAAAAAUAAGCAAAAAGCUGUCUGUAUUGAGUCAUUCCAUUUGAAAUCGUCUAAUCGGCAAAGCUGACCCAUUUUAGAUUUUAGUGUAACUUUGAGGGACUCUUCUCUAGGGUUCCUAAGAAUGAAAUUUACACGAAUUGGAUAUUUAUAAGCGCUUGAUUCCGCGCAUUUAAAUAAAAUCUUCAAAAUAUCGAUUUUUUUUAGUUUAAUUAAUUUUUCCUCAAAGUUUUUUCUUUUUGAAGAUUAUUCCAUUAUUGAACCGUAAUUCUGUAAUUAAUGUAUUUUUUUAAUAUUAAAAAAAUACAUGUAAGGUUUACAGAUUAAUUAUAAAUUAUUGAUCCCUUUUAAGAAUACAUAUAAUAAAUAAAAAUACCGUAUUAGCAUGGUUUACAGAUUAAUUGUAAAUUAUUAACAUCUUUAGAGAAUGUAAAUAAUAAAUGAAAAUACCGUAUUAGCAUGGUUUACAGAUUAAUUGUAAAUUAUUAACAUCUUUUGAGAAUGCAAAUAAUAAAUGAAAAUACCGUAUUAGCAUGGUUUACAGAUUAAUUGUAAAUUAUUAACAUCUUUUGAGAAUGCAAAUAAUAAAUGAAAAUACCGUAUUAGCAUGGUUUACAGAUUAAUUGUAAAUUAUUAACAUCUUUUGAGAAUGCAAAUAAUAAAUGAAAAUACCGUAUUAGCAUGGUUUACAGAUUAAUUGUAAAUUAACAACACGCGACUACAUAUUUUUGGACGGUAUAAUUUUUAACACCUAAUAUUAUUAUUUGAUUAAUUAUUAAGUAUAAAUAUAAAUAUACCACAUAUACAUCACUAUCAAUAACUAUACGCUUAUACAAAAUAUAUUAGUAUAUUAGAAUAUGUAGGUUUUAGUAUUAUUUACUAAAUAUUUAAUAUUAUUUUAACACCUUUUUACAUGUAAACCAUCUUUGAAUAUUUUGAGAUAUAGACCUUUUAAUACUUUGAUACUCUGAGAUAUGACCGUUUUGAGGUACACGUGUUAUUUCAAAACUAUAUAUGUACGCUCGUAAACGGAUUAUUUAUAAACUGAACUAGUUUUUAGUCAAGCACUUUUAGUAAUAUUUGAAACUUUUGUCUGUAUAUAUUAAUGUGAUAUGAACGAGUUGGUAUAUUAAACAUAUUUCCUAGUUUUCUAUAAAGUAGUAGGCGCAAUAGCCCCCUAGGCUUGACCGUUUGUAUUUUACAGAAGUGUUAAUCGUAUUUCUCACGAUCUCCAUAUAAGAGAAAUGCAAUUUAAAUGAUUGUAACGAUGGCGAUGAUUCUGACGCGUCAUUACUCUAAACCUAUCUCUUAAUCUAAUAUUUUAAUUUCAUAGUUUCGCGAUAUCACUGUUUUGUGAACCAUCAAUAAUUGUAAUAUUUUUUACUUCUAUUCUUGAAUAUAUAUAUAUAUAUAUAUAUAUAUAUAUAU